AUGGUCAAACGCCAACGCUCUCCCUCUGACCCAGCACCCACGCCAAUGACACAUGAGCUACGCAUCGAAGCAGCGAAUAAGCUCUCUCUAGAAACAUUUCAAACCCGGUUUUUCCUCUCAGAUGUUACCAGUGCCAAUAAAGCCGCAGAGAGAAAGAUCAAGGGCAAUGGAAACAAGCAUACCGACCACCAAGGCAACGACGCCCUGACAGCCUUCACUCGUCCCAGCGACGGAGCGCGGUAUACAAUCUCGCUGGUUGACAGUACGAGUAUCUCGCAUGCAGAUUUCGUUGCGUGUUUUGAGCUCAUACGGUCCACGAGCGCGGCAAUGUACAAGAUGUCGGACCGGGGGUGGUCAGCGCGGCGGAAAAAGGCGGAGAUGGCGGAUCCGGAUAUGCGGUUUUUGCUAGUACGAAAAAGGGACGUCGAUCGAGAGGGAUAUCCAAGGGGAGACGAAGAAAGGGAAACGGGACAUGAGGAUAACGGGAAAAACGUAAAAAGGCAGGAGAAUGGACAUAAAGAUAACCAGCGCAAGGAAAAUGGGCAUACAAAGGAAAGGGCGCAAACACAAGCAGGCACGGUAGAAGCAUUUCUGUCGUUUAUGCUCACGUACGAAGAUGAUCGCGAAGUAGUUUAUUGCUAUGAGAUCCAUCUGUCGUCUACCCUACGCGGAUGUGGACUGGGAAGACAUUUAAUGAAUGUCUUGGAGAGCAUAGGGACCCGCGUCGGCGUCGAGGCAGCAAUGUUGACGUGUUUUACGAAGAACGAGAGCGGAUUGCGCUUCUACGAGCGUUUAGGGUACGUAGAAGACGAGUUUUCGCCGCCGCCGAGGAAAUUGAGAAGUGGGAAGGUCGAAAAGCCGAGUUAUAUCAUCAUGUCGAAACCGCUGAGGCGAGAAGUCAACGGCAAAUGA